UGGAAGGCCAGUCUCCCAAUUCCGGAGAGAGUCAGAUUAACAGGAGUCCCAAUCCCCGUUCCCCCCAGCAGGCAGCUUCUGCCUCCGCCCGAGCUGGGCGAGGGCAUCUCUGCAUUUAUAAAGGGGAGGGGUGGUAAGAACUCCACCUCUGCACAGGGAGGACCAGUGUGGGCACACCUGUAGCUCCUGGGGUCCCACUGGGUUUGAGGGCAACUGUUCACCUUUUUGAAGGAAAAGAUGUCUUGGAAGACGUUGCUGCUUCUGCUGUUGUAUUAUGAUGCUCAGGCCACUGUGCCCCCCAGGUGGGGCAGGGCCAUGCUUUUCCCUGCUGCCCAUCGGCCAAAGAGAUCCUCAUCAAUGCCCUUGAACCCCAUCCUGCAGAGCUCCCUGGAGGAAGUAGAACUGCUCUAUGAGUUCCUGUUAGCUGAACUUGAGAUCAGCCCCGACCUGAAAAUCUCCAUCAAGGACGAGGAGCUCUCCUCCUUGCGGAAGGCCGCUGACUUCCGCACCGUCUGCAAUGAAGUGAUCCCCAAGCACAUCCCAGACAUCCGCCGGCUCAGCGCCAGCCUCUCCAGCCACCCCGGCAUCCUCAAGAAAGAGGACUUUGAAAGGACAGCCCUGACUCUGGCCUACACAGCCUACCGCACAGCCCAGUCCCAGGGGCAUCAGAAGGACAUCUGGGCCCAGUCCCUCCUCAGCCUCUUCCAAGCCCUGAGGCAUGACUUGAUGAAGUCCUCAGGCCCCAGAGCAUCUCGCUGAGACUGGCCUGCACCAGGACCACAGAGCCAGCACCGGCACACACAGUAAUCCAGAAAGUCUUCAUUCUCUACUCUGUUUCCAGGGACCAGCAACAAAAUACAUACCACCGACUCAGAGCAGCAAAGAUAAAAUAAGUAACCCCAAUGCCCUUUGCCCCUUGUAGCUUCCUGACAGGCACAUCUGAUUCAUGUCAGAAUGUGACCUGGGCUGGAAGGAAGGACUGGAGUGGCAAUUCAAGAUGGCUCCAGGGGCUGAAAGGUUUGCCUGAUGGCAUGCUUCACACUGAGUGACGGCCACCAACACCCAGGACCAGGAGUGAGGACACAGCUAGAGGAGCUCGUAGAGGGUUGGGCAUGGCGGGAGGGUGGGGGACAGAUUUGUUUGGUCCCAAGAGAUCAGGGUAUGGGUUUGAAUGAAUAUAUCUCCACAGGUUCUGUAGUAAGAUAUAAAGAAAGUAGAGCUAUAGCCAAAUAAAUAAAUACACUGUUAGCCAAGGAUAUAUUUCUCAACUUCUCCCAGAGUCACCCAGAAGAAUCUGUUAGAAAGUCAGUAACUUUAUGACCUACAUGUCUUGACUCUUCUUUUCUGAAGACUGAGCUGAUCCAGAUGACAAACAGGAAGAGGGGCCCGGGAUGCUACAGACAUGCCUUGUCUUUUGAACAGGGAAACCAAGCUGUGGCAGAGAGGGUCAUGCUAAGAAGAAAUGGUACCAACAGCCAUGCCUGUCCACGCUAAUGCUAAAAUGAUUUAGCUACAUCAAAUACAAAUGACUUCCAGAUGACAAAAUUUUACUCUUUCAAAUGCCAAAACUUUCAUUUUAGAAAUACUGACCUGAUAUCUUCUGAACUAUGAACUCUAUAUGAAAUUCCUUAAGCCUAUAUUUAGUACAUUUGAAGAAACACUGUAAUGAUGGAGUUAGAUAAGAUAACCUCUAACAGUCCUCUACUUCAUGGAAGUUCCACAUUCAGAUAACCGAGCGAUAUUACAGGGCGGACACGGGGACCUGCACUAUCUGUGCCGACCCGGAAAGGUUCCGGGCUUUGCUAAAUCUCGGUCUGGGGUGGGAAGACCCGCCCCGUAGACCCUGCCUACCAUGUUAUGACACACAGGGCUGCUCCCAGGGAUAGGAGAUCCAUGAAUGGGAAGAUGGUUCCCAGGACCAGUGACAGCAAUGGUAGUUCGUUCACCCUGCAACAAGAAAAUAAAGGCACUUUUGUACUCAUACAUCUGGGCCCAUAUUUAUGUGGCAAGCAAUGACUAAACAAAACAGAAAUGAGAAGGGCAUGGUCUUUUUAAAGACAAAUGAAAAUUUCAUUUUCAGGAGCUAGACACUUAAACACUAUUUUAGUCUGAAUACAAAUUAGUUGUUUACCCACAAAAGGUUGUAUAACAAUAACUUCACUUACACGCAAAAUCAAAUAUGCUCACCACUACCACCCAAAAACCUGGCUCUUUGUCCUGGACGGACUGGACAGAAAGGGACGCUCCCAUUUUGUCUUAUUAAUGACACCCUGUACAUACCACAGUCACAAAUGAGUCAUUUUUUGUCAUUUUUACUCAGACAGAAUGAUUUGGGGUGUGAUGCUUGUAGUGGCAACUUGCUGUUGACUUAUGGAAUACUGCUGGGAAGUUUUAGGAUCUAAAACUUCUGGAAGUUUCCUCUAUAGUUGACAUGCUCAUGGCUUCCUUUGGUGUCACCUGAGACACUGAAAAACAUCCAUGUGCUAAAACUUACAUUGCUCUGUCAUCUCACCUGGAAUCUAACUACAAAAGAAUCACCAAAACAAGUGGUAAAUCAGUCAGAAUGUAUUUCCACAGGUAAACUGGUCUAAAGUUAAAUGUUUAUUAAAUGACUUUACAUGGUGCCUCUUAUUUUCCUAACUCACUUUAAUGUCUUACAUUUUGUUAUUAUUGUGGUAAUAAAAAAACACAUGAUUUGAAAUUUACCAUCUGAACCAUGUUUAAGUGUAAGUGCAAUAAUGUUGAGUUCAUGCACAUUGUUUUGUCACAGAUCGCUCAGACUUUUUCAUCUGGCAAAAAAUGAUCCCUAUGGAACAACUCCCCUUUUCCCUUUUCCUCCAGUCCCUGGCAACUACCAUUCUACUUUCUGUUUCUAAGAAUUUGACUACUUUAGAUACCUCAUGUAAGUGGAAUCUGUCUUACAUUUCUUAAACAUCAUAUUCUAGAAAAUGUUUUCUUCAUCUGAAAAAUGGAUAGAGUCCUGAAGGAGAAUUACAAGUCUUACUGGGUCACUCACCUUGCCUGUAUUUUAUUUAACACAUACUUACUUAUGGUGUAAUAAAAAUGCCAUGAUCAAG